GUGGUUCGGUAAACGACAACCUGACUCGGUGCGAUGUUUACAAUAAACAUAUGUUCGAAAAAUGACAACAGAAUCAGUGAAGUUUGAUACGUCUACGUGAGAAGACAUAUUUUUUGAUUUUAUUAUUUGAUUUUGUUAUCAGUGUUUAUUCAUUGGGUUGUUGACUCGAGUAGUGGUGUAGCUUACAUAAGUGUUUAACCGAAGAAAAUUCGCGAUGUCGAAAACUAUCUAUAUCUUGUCUCAAAUACCCGAAUUGGCGAAAUUAACAGCAAGAGCUCUACCAGCUUGCCAAGUCAUUGAUAUAGAAUUAAGACAAUGCACUGGGAAACCAUCUAGAGGAUUAAAAAUCGACGACCGAGAGUUGAAUGAUUUGAGAAAUGCAGAAAUCGUUUUUGGCGAUCCAAAUUUGUUGGUGCAAACUUUUCACAAAUUACCAAACAUACAAUGGAUGCAAAGCACCUGGGCCGGUAUAGAUUUGUUUUUGAAAGUAAUUUCCGAAACGGGUCAAAAACCUCCACAAUGUCCGAUUACGAGAUUCUCGGGUGAGAGCUUCGGUCAACUAAUAUUCGAUUACUGCAUCGCUCAUAUCAUCAUACACGAAAGGAAGUUGUUCCAGAACUACAUCGAUACCAAACAGAAUAAGAUUUGGCAACUGGAUAUGGAUUGCAGGACCGUUAAUGAGGUUACAAUUGCGAUUCUUGGUGGUACUGGAGCCAUUGGAUCGUUUGUUGCUAAAAAAUUCUCGCUUCUAGGAUCCAAAGUUACUGGAUAUGGACGAACUGAAUCGGGCAACAUAAGCAACUUUAAAGAGAUCCCUCUGGCGAAAUAUUCAACUAAAUUAGAGGACAUUCUUCCUGAAAGCGAUUAUAUUAUUAGCGUGCUGCCAUCAACUCCACAGACAAUGGGUCUGUUAAACAACGAUAUACUUCAAAUGUGUAAAGACAAGAGCCCAGUGCUGAUCAACGUUGGCAGAGGAACUUUGAUAUCUGAGAAAGACAUCAUCAAAGCAAUAGAUAACAGGUGGAUUAGUGCUGCUAUUCUGGAUGUGUUUGAAAUUGAACCGCUACCACAAAACAGUCUUCUGUGGUCACAUCCUAAUGUAUUCAUCACUCCUCAUAAUUCUGCCGUCAGUCGUGCCAAAGAUUGCGUAAAAUUAUUUGUUGAAAAUUACAACAAGUUUGUGGGUAACGAGAAGUUGCUCUAUACGAUUAAUUGGAAUUCUGGGUAUUGAAUAUUUUGAUGAGUAAAUAAAAUGUGGAUAAUUAA